AUGGCACGCGCUGUGUGGACAAACCUUCUUUCGGACGACUCUAUCCAGAGGUCGUCGCAAACCCUAUCGGUCCUUGCGCGCAAUGCGUAUCUGUACGGCGGGGAGCUGCGACCCCGUGAGCCAGUGGACUCGGCUGUGUAUCGCAUCACCCUCGACAACGAACAACCCUCGGACAUCAAACUAUCCACGAUUACCAGCACGUCCGGGAGCCCGCAACCUAGAGUAGGCUCUGCAUCGACCACGAUCGAUGGCAAGAUCUACAUCUUCUCGGGUCGUGGAGGCACUGCCAUGGCUCCGAUCGAGGAAGCCGGUUCAUUCUGGAUAUUCGAUCCUAAUACCAGCACCUGGCAACAGGUGAAGCCCGCAGACCCCCAGUCUACAUACCCAGCCGGACGCAGUUACCACACCCUCACGAACAACGGCAGAGACACUAUCUUUCUCCACGCCGGCUGCCCCGAAAAGGGUCGGCUUUCUGAUUUGUGGGCGUUCAACAUAUCCACUCGUCAAUGGCGAGAAUUAGCCCCCGCCCCCAAGCCAGAACGAGGCGGUACAUCCAUUGCCUAUGCGGAGGGCAAGCUGUUCCGGAUGAAUGGCUUUGAUGGAAAAACAGAACAAGGCGGUGCAUUGGACGUGUAUGACCCGGAGAACAACACAUGGAGCACCAUCGCGUAUCCGGCCGAUGGUGUUUCUGGGCCAGGUGCACGUAGUGUGAGUUGCUUGCUCUCGCUUAAGGUUGCCGGGAAGCCGAGCCUUGUUACUGCGUUCGGUGAACGUGAUCCUAGCAGCCUGGGACACCAGGGAGCAGGUAAAAUGCUUUCCGACGUGUGGCUUUUUGAUAUUCAGUCUGGAAAGUGGACGGAAGUCCAGGCCGAUGGCGGAAAUGCCCCCGAGGCUCGAGGAUGGUUCGAUGCCGAUGUGAUUGCAAAUGCUUCAGGGGAUAGUAUUGUUGUCCACGGUGGACUGGCUGAGUCGAAUGAGCGGCUUGGGGAUAUAUGGAGACUUGACUUUUGA